AUGGCCACACUUUUAUUCGGGACUGUAUCCCCAAAAUCCGGAGUUCUUCCAAUCCGGUGCGGCGGCGAAGAAGAACCAAAAUCCAGCAACAACAAUGGGUACUCGUUGGGAGUCCGGCCGCCGAGGCCGCGGCGGAUCAUACUGGUCCGGCACGGGGAGAGCGAAGGGAACGUAGAUGAGAGCGCCUACACAAGAAUCGCAGAUCCGAGAAUCGGGCUGACGGAGAAAGGAAUGAAGGAGGCGGAGGAAUGUGGGAAGAACAUCAGGAAGAUGAUCGACGGCGAUGGAGUUGAAGACUGGAGCGUUUAUUUCUAUGUUUCUCCUUACAAAAGAACUCGCCAGACUCUUCAGCAUUUGGCCACUUCCUUCCACCGUCGGCGAAUCGCCGGCAUGAGAGAAGAGCCCAGAUUGCGAGAACAAGAUUUUGGAAAUUUUCAAGAUAGAGAGAAAAUGAGAGUUGAGAAAGCUGUAAGAAUGCUAUAUGGUAGAUUUUUCUACCGCUUUCCAAAUGGAGAAUCUGCAGCAGAUGUUUAUGAUAGAAUUACAGGAUUUAGAGAAACAUUGAAAUCAGACAUUGAUGUUGGAAGAUUUCAACCACCAGGCCAAAGAAAUCCCAACAUGAACUUGGUCCUUGUCUCCCAUGGCCUCACUCUCAGAGUCUUUCUCAUGAGAUGGUACAAAUGGACUGUUGAUCAAUAUGAAGGACUCAACAAUUUGGGCAAUGGCAAAAUGCUUGUCAUGGAGAAAGGCUUUGGUGGAAGGUACACUUUGCUGUUACACCACACAGAGAAAGAGUUGAGAAAAUUUGGACUUACAGAUGAGAUGUUGAUUGACCAAGAAUGGCAAAAGCAUGCAAAAAUAGGAGAGUUGAACUAUGAUUGUGCAAUGAUGAAUUCCUUCUUCACACAUUUUGAUGAUCAGUGUACUGUUACCUAA